AUGGGAGGCGAGAAACUGCCUGAAACCCCCUCCGAGUGGGCUACGGGCAUCAGAACGGCCCGGCAUUUGCUUCCGAACGUUAGUCCGCACAAACUUUCUCUUGAUGGUGUCAAGAGACUGGCCUCUGCAUCCGUGCUCGAAUUCGAUGACUGGCUCCUCCUGAAGAUUCUAUCAAUCCUUGACCAAGAGAAACCAACUCCUACCAUUGUCCUUGGCUCAAAGGUUGGUCCGAGGCUAGAAAAGGCAGCUCGAGAGUACCUGGAGAGGCAAACAUGGUGGCAAGCUGUACUGUCACGCAGCAAUGACCUGGAUGAUUGGGGUGCGAUGGAAGCAUGGAAGAAGGCGUAUCUUGACAUCACCGCUCGAGGCAAAGUGAUCCAAUACGAGCGUCCAGAAUAUGACUUGGAAAACCUUUUCGCGUACAAGGUUUCCGUUGAGCCUGCGUCGGGAUCGUCACCUUGUCUCACUCCAGAACCAGUGUGUCGCCCCAGGCCAGCUGCGAUCGCAGGUCAGAGUACAAGACGGGAUAGCGAUGUGGCAAGCGCCCAGAUUGCGGAGGAGCACGGGUUCGAAUUACCUCUCGCCAGUCCCGUCGCGGGCUCACAGUACUCGCCUGGAAAGGUAUCCGUUUCCAGUAUCAGUCACCGUCUAGCGAACCGUCCACCGGACGAGGCACUUGUCAACAAGGCGGUGAUUGAUCUUCUACAGGGGAUCAGCAUGAAGCACCCACUCAUCAGGGAUAAGUACGACUGGUCAAUCAUUCAUCAGACAUUUCACGUGUUCCAGCAACGGGAGAGGAAGGAAAAAAUCAUGACCAGCCGAACAGACGGCUGUCUCCAAGUUUUAAGACAAGGCGAGCUUCUAGAAGCUUGCCCUACCCUUGCCAUCAUCGAAGCCAAGCCCAUACGCCGGAAGAUCAAGCAAGUUCCUAUUUCGAUGCAAGAGGGUGCAGAGAUGGCUGCCUGGAUCUCAACGGAGUCCCUUCGUGGACUACUGCCAGGGUCAGACCCAAACGGAAUCAUGAGAAGAGUUCUCAUCUCCCAAGAUUUCGACGAAAUUUGUAUCACAGUGGCCGAGUACGACAAAGAAUACGUCGAUUACAUCACCAACGGAUUUAAAAGCGCAGAAAUGAACUCUACCCAAGGCUCACCAACAGCUUUUGUACAAUCGCGGCAGAAGAGGCCACAGCUACAGCCACAGCAGGGCAGGGCAAAAAGACACAAGGGUCACGGUGAGGGUGACGAUGGUGACGAGAAUGAUGAUGACGAGAGCAGUGGUGGAGAGAGCGACCAUGAUGAUGGCGAGAGCAGCGGUGGAGGGAGCGACGAUGAUGAUGAUGACCAGUAG